AUGGGGCCGCCGUCCAAGAAAUGGGCUUGGUCAAUCUGCAAGAGCUGCAACAACUGGGCGUACGACUGGAAGAUCAAGCGCAAUGGAGGCUGCUGCGCCAAGUGCGACUCGUUCGUCACUCUCUGGGCGGACACAACCUCGGCGUCGCGCAAGCCACCAUGGGGAGACCAACCUACCAAGGGCACCUACGCGGAAGUGGUGUGCAGGCAGCUGGCCCACGCCGUCUCCAAGCUUGGGCCCGACCAGAGCAUGCAGGAGCAACUGGAGCACCUGCAGACUACCAUCUCCCAGAAGUGCGCCCCGCCCAAGAAGGAGUUACCCAAGUCUGCGGCACUCAAGCAGGCAAUCGGCAAGGUCAACUCCGCCAAGGCUAAGCUCGAAGGCGUCACCAAGCGUCACCUGGACGCUGAGAAGGCGCUGGCCAAGCUCGCUGAGCAGGUGGCGCAGGCCGCGGCGGAGGUCUACGAGGCACAGCAGGAGCACUCGAAGGCGCUGGAAGAAUACAACAUGCACUCGGUGACGGAGGGCACGGCGGCCAAGCCCGAGCAGUCGGGCUUUCAGGUGGACGAGAGCCUCUUCGCCGAUGAGGAGGACCUGGAGCAGACUCAGAAGGACCAGCUUGCGAAGUUCAGGGAGGACGCGAAGUCCUUGCAGGAGUUGUUGGAGCGCGCCAAGACGCAGCAGGAGGCCCUGCUCACCAUGGUCGAGAGCGCGAAGAAGAUCAAGGCUGAUCAUGCGGCAAAGAAGCGCAGGAUCAACGAAGACGGGCAAGCACACGCGCAAGUUCCACCACCCGCUCAAGACGCCAAGCCUGAGACACCACCACAGCAACAACAAGCCAGCGAUCCAGAAGCAGAAAAGCGGAAGGCAGAGGCGAUCGCCAAGCUCAUCGAGGAGAACAAGGAGCGAAUUCAGGGCGGCAUCUCAGAGGGCGACCACCACUUCACCGUCGGUUGGUACGGCAGCUGCGGGCGGCGCUACGGGCUAUUCUUCUGGUCGGGCUGGUAUUUAGCCCACCAUGGCAGCCGCCUGCAGCGCUGGACAG